AGCUUUUUUGUGCUCCUCACUAGACACAACUUACAAAAAAGUGCAUGAAACAGUUCAGUGUAGUGAUAUGCAGUAAUGCUCAUCUUAACAAGUCUCCUACUCAUUUCUGGUCUUUGUGUUGCUGUUGGUCUGACAGUGAAUGACAACGUGGGAGAAACAGUGGAGCUGCCUUCAGUCCUGGAGAGUAUGAAAUUAGAAGAAUUUGACUUUCUGAUAUGGAUGUUUAAUGGAUGGAUCAUAGCUGAAAUGUCCAGUGGUCAGUUAAAAGUAAACCUUCAUGCUCAGUUCAAAGGACGACUGCAGCUGAGCCCUGAUUUCAGUCUAACAGUGAGGGAGCUGAGACUGGAGGACAGUGGGGAGUAUCGGCGUGUAGGAAGGAAGAAAGGUGGUUCACAGAUUCCCACGUAUAAAAUCCAGCUGCACGUUUAUGGUGUUUGUGUUGCUGUUGAUCUGACAGUAAAUGGCAGCAUGGGAGGGACAGUGGAGCUGCCUUCAGCCCUGGGGAGUCUGAAUGUGGAAGAUUGUUUGUUACUGAGGUGGAUAUUUAAUGGAAGUAACAUUGCUGAAAGGGUCAGGGGUAAAAAUGCAGCAUAUAAUCAUCCUCAGUUCCAAGGACGACUGCAGCUGAGCCCUGAUUUCAGUCUAACAGUGAGGGAGCUGAGACUGGAGGACAGUGGGGAGUAUCAGCGUGUAGGAAUGAAGAAAGAUGGUCUACAGAUUCCUACAUAUACAAUCCAGCUGCAGGUUUAUGAGCCCAUAACAUCAGUGUGGAUACAGCCAGAAUACACCUGGGACCCAGAGAACCACACCUGCGCUGUGCAUUUGGUCUGCAACUCAUCAGGAGGCCUAAGACCCUCUUACACCUGGAGGAUGAGGGAUCAGACAGAGAGCAGCUCCAGGCUGCAUUUCUUUCUUUCACCAGGAGAGGGCAAUGUCACCAUCACCUGCACUGCUGUUCAUGCUGCCAGUCAGAUGUCCCGCAGUCACACAGUGAAGUGCAUCCCCACAGUUGGCUUCUCACUGUGUCUGCUGAAGAUGGCAGUGUUCUCUGUGGGUCUGGUCAUCAUGGUGUCCGCUGUCAUCACUGUCCACCUCAGGGAGAGAUUCUACAGGCAAAGAGAGCCUGUCCAAGGGGCAGAGACAGAAGGAACUGCACCACCAGGUGGCAGACUGUAGGCGUCCUGUAUCCCUGUACACAGCAGCCUGUUUACCCCCAGCUUACACACCAUGGUAACAAUACUUAUAUUGGAAGGUCACUGUAAAUUGAAAAUAUUAAUUCAUAUCACAUCUCAGUGUCAUUUACUAGUUGGGUUAGUGGGUCCUAAAGAUCAGUCCCCUUUGGAUUCUCCUUAACCAGCUUGUAUGAGGAGGGUCUGAUACAAAGUAAAUAUUAGCAUGACAGUUAUGAGAUGAAUAUCUUCAAAUAACAUAUUUUUACCAGCCUGCGAACACUUUACAGCUAAAAUCGACACUGUUUCUCCACAUUUACAUUCCACAGUGUUUUAUAAUGUUUUCUACUUGAUCGUGUUUGUAAUGAGGACUCUAACUUUUGUGAGUAGAACAGCAAUCGAAUUAAAGGUGCAUGUAUGUCAGUGUCGACACAGUUUGUCACUCUGCUCACCCUGAGCCUCACUGACCACAUUCACUGAUGAUCAGGAAAACGAUGCUGCAUGCAGAGGUCAGCGCUUUGGUGUCUACAGCAAUGUGCAGCGGGA